CUGUCUCGGGCCCGAAGAUACUUCGAAUGCACUUUCGGCAUACUUUCAAACAAAUGGCGCAUAUUCCAUCGGCCAUUAAACGUGUCUGUUGAAUUAUCUAAAACGAUAGUCAAAGCAUGCUGCAUUCUUCACAACUUCGUGCGUGAAAGAGACGGCUACAACUUCAAAGAUUGUUUGAGAAUAACGGGUUUUGAAGACCAAGCAUUGCAACAAAACGUCCAGCAAGGAGGACCAGCGCUGAACUCUAUCCGUGAUAAAUUCGCUGACUACUUCGUAAGUGAAGAAGGACAAUUAGAUUGGCAAUGGAAAUUAGUGUAG